CUGCCUGAAAUGAGCAUGCACUGACCUAAAGAUUACAAUAAAUAGUAGUAGUGUUAAGACAUGGCACCACCGGCUUUGCAGAGAACCUGUUUUUAUUUUCGAAUAGCUACAUCCUAAUACUGUAUGUGUAGAGGCAUGUUGAUGAUAAUUGGAUAUUUAAUGAUAAUGGAUAAUUACUAGGUUGAAAUGCUGCAACGCGAGCUUGUCCUAAAUGUGUUCAACAGCAAGCUACGUGAUUCCAACAAGGAGAACCUGUGAGGUAUUAGCAUGCACCUCAAACAGGUUGUGUGGGGAAGUGCCUGCUAAUAUACUCAGCAGUAGAUCUCAUGGAGCCCAGCACUCAGACAUGGACGCAGCCUGGCAGGAACUGAUGGCCAUAACAGAGCUGCAGGGCUUAGAGACUUCUGGUGAAAGCACCUAUGAAACAACACAAUACCAAAGCAUUCAGCCGAUGGUUUCUAUGGGCGCAUAUGGGGCUGCCCACUGCCACCACGAGCCUGCUCCUGCUGCCUUUGAGGUGGGCAUGACAGAUUCAUAUGAUGGCGGAUACUCUGAGGAAGCUGCAGUCUUUCAUCACCCAAGCACCAACGGAGAGGCACUCUAUGAGCACUCUGGACCACAACUCAACCAGAGAAUGCUGCCCCUCUCCUCUCAAUCUCACCUUUCGCUUGGGACUCUCACAGAACAAAUGAGCUCAUCAUCAGGUAAUAGUCAAGGGAACAGAAGGCCAAACAGCAGUCUUCCCCAGGGUCAGCACAUGAUGUGGACAGCACAUAGCCAAAGUUCAUUUGUUCAUUCAGGUGAUGAUCUAGAGUCAGACUCUGGUCUCUCCCUGGGCUCCAGUCCACCUUUGGCCUCACCAGAAAAUUGUGUUGCUGGGGCACCGGGAUGCAGGCCUGUGGACAUGCCCAUUACAUACAGUGAUGGGGAACAACAAAGGGCAGCUGAACACAGUGGAAGAGCGCAUAACUACCAGAGUCAGUCUGAUUCAUAUCUGCACACAGGUGCACAACCAUCUUAUUUCACAGCACAACACCACUUAAAUCAUUCACAGUUCAACGCACUGAACCUUCGGGUAGCCAAACAGCUGGGUGAACUUUACAGCUCCGAGUUGCCCAGCAGAGGGAGCUGGCAACAAAUCAUGCAUACAAAGCCUCAAGGAAGUGUCCAUACACCAGCGUGCAGGGAUGAGAGGCGGGCCAUUGCGCUGAAGAUCCCCUUCCCAAUGGAAAAGAUCAUCAAUCUGCCAGUGGACGACUUCAACGAGCUCCUGACACAAUACACCCUGACCGAUGCCCAACUGGCACUGAUUAAAGACAUCAGGCGUCGGGGCAAGAACAAAGUGGCAGCUCAGAACUGCCGCAAGCGCAAACUAGAUAGCAUAAUUCAUCUUGAACGAGACCUGGGUCAGCUGCAGGCUCAGAGAGACAGCCUGGUACAAGAGAAAUUAGAGUUCCAGCGCAGCUUGACGUACAUCAAGUGCCACCUCACUGAACUCUAUGCAGAGGUGUUCUCUCACCUGAGAGAUGAAACUGGACAACCAUAUUCAAUAGAAGAGUACUACUUACAACAGAUGGCAGAUGGGGAAACUUAUUUAGUGCCUCACACAAUUUUGCACAACAAAGAAUUCUGAAAUGUGGACAGGCCCAUGGAAUUGCUUAUAGUCACAGUUGUGUCUGCUACAAUGCUUUUCCAUUUAGAUUUUAUUGUGCAAGUAAAAACACAACAUCGGUUUAUAAAAAUAAAAAUUUAUUUAAAAAAAAUAGUCUCUUAAAACAAAAGGAAAGCACCAUUCAUUCUCCAGAAUCCUGCAAGAAAAGAUUUAAGUCCAUUUAACUUGCUUAUUUCCAAGGAUUUAAAUCCAAUUACGAACAGGGCAUUUAGCAGUUUACAAAAAUGUGUGCACUACAUUUUCAAACUCAGCCCCCCCCUCCCAAAGAAAAUUAGCAUACACACACACGGAUCUUCAUUACAAAUUACUAUAAUAAAUAAAAAAAAAUACACAACUAGGUGCAGAGCUAAAUAAAUGCCUUGUCUGUGCGCUACAUCAUGACACUCAUUUUACCUGAUUUAUCCAUUGCCAGUUAAAUGAAGUUGGUCCACCGAGAGAACACUUAUGUUACCUGAAAUCAGAAACAGCAAGUCAAAAAAAUUCCUCAGCGCGCAUUUAAAAUUCACAGCAUGCAAAUAUAUUUGGUGACAAAAUGUUAUUAGAAGGCCAAUUUACCAAUUUAGAUUUUUGUGAGUUUAAACAUUACUGUGCGACACAUCUGACUACCACAGCUACGUGACAAAGCAAGGUUUACUAUCAGUAGUUGAGAAGUCUGGUCUUACCUACAGGCAGCUUAUAAGCCUUUGGUAGCUGCUGCCUGCUAGCCUCAGGCUUCUGUUCUCACUCUCCCCUGCUUCAAUGAUCCUGGCGAUGAUUGCUACUUCUCUCCCUCAGCUGGCUUCCAUGGCUAGCCUCAAAGACUGCAUGUUAGCUAGCAUCCUCCAGAUGAUCUGCACAGCACUCGGGUUAGUUUGUACCCACUGCAUCCAACCCUUUGCACGGCACCUGUCAACCCUCAACCAGUAGAGGCCUACUGCAUGGAUGCUCGUUCAUUCAUGUCUGCUCCCAGCGCCCAGAUGCAUCUCACUCCCAGCUGUAUGCAGCAAUUCUUACACCAUCCCUCUCCCCAAAACCACUUGAGGCUAACAAAAGUUUGUAAAAAGACUGAAAGUUUGUUUAUUUCAGCUCAACGUUGAUGCAGUUACAAAUAAAACCAGAGAUCAAGGACAAAAAUAUCUACAUAAAACCCUCAUUGGAAUGCUUGCUUUCCAGAAACAGAUUAAAAAAACAAAAAACAAACAAAACAAAAAACCACAAAAACGCUUAAUUGAAGACCCCCCAUGUUUUUCUUUUUCAAGUCUAUUAUACAUCUCUUGCAGCAGCUGUAACCUGCCACAUGUUUGGCUGAGCAGAUUUAGGAGGUACACCUGCAGCUGCCCUGUCACUUCCUCUCCUCUCGCUGUCACUUCCUCUCCUAAGUACUCAGCCCUGUUGAACAAUACGGAACAACAUUGUUAACUGUGCACUGACUUCAUACGACCUGAGAUCCAGUGAUUAUUUUUUUUCCCCCAAUGGGUAUGAGCACUUAACGGAUCCCUGGUACUAUAAAGACUGGCAAAGCUGGUGGCCUUGGUAAGAAAUACUCACCACAU